UUUUAGAAUGAUAGUUUUAAAUAACAAUCCAUGAUUUAAAUAAAUAAUAGGCUCGAUUGACCUCAUCAUCGGUUUAUAUUUUGGUUUAUAAUUGGAGUUUAACAGGUGAAGUGUUUGUAGAACAAUAAUACGCCGCAGAGUGGUCCACCUAAUCUUUAAAAAAAAAAUCACCUGAGAAACUAUGCGAGGUUCACUUUAUAAACAGUGUACUAGUAAAUUUUGACUGAUAUAUUUUAAUAUUGAUUUAUCUCUAGUUACUCAGGCACAGUAAAGGCAUCUAAAAAUAUAUGCAGUACAGGUAGUUUGUUUCACCUGGAUGUUUUACAUGUAUCAUUGCACCUUCCGUUAAUUUACAUAUCAUCAAAAGGUGAAAAUGAACUUGAAAGUAAAAUACGGAGAUAAAAUUACCAACUUCUCACAAGUAAGCCUUAUAUAGUGAUAUAACAUGGUGAGACUUUUAAUCAAUACCGGAAUAGAUUGAAUUCUUCAUUUAUUAUUACAUACGUGUAUGCAGGAAUAACGUUUUUGAGGUAAGACAGAUUUUGACUUAACGAGAAUGAUAACAAAGCUACCUAGAUGGUUGAAUGUUCAUUGAAGGCCACACCACGUAAACAACAUAAUAAAUGUAUAAAUUAGGUAAUGAUAACCGAUACAGAACAUGGCGGAAACCGGCAAUUUAUUGAAACUUUUUGAUGUGAAUGUGAACGGAAUUCCUGUUCAAGAACGAAAUAAUAAUGAAGUUAAGGAAUAUGAACAUUCAGUUGAAGUUUCGACUGUUCCCGAUACGUUUCCAUGUGGACAUAUUCUAUGUCAUAACUGUGUAAGGAAGUACAUUUCCCCGUUAAGAGAGUCAGCUUGGGACUGUCCAGUCUGUGGUCAGGAUUUAUUCAGACUACAAUUGCAAAAGAGAAGACACAAUGUCUCUUAUGGAAAUGAUGACUUGGACGAAGUGGAUUUAUUGAGCAACUUUGACAAACUUGUUAGUAGAUUUCAUGACACAAGACAUAAUCUUAGUCGCUUAAAAAGAGAGAAUAUCAAAGCGCGCAGUGUUGGGAUGACCUAUGCAAGAUGUUUCUGUGAUAUGUGUGAGGAAAACCAUGGUACAUUGAAAGUAGUACAAGACUUCAACGAAUUGUGUGUGCAACAAAUUAGACCUUCUAGGACACAUAGGUUAUAUUAUUCCUUACUUAAUUCAGAAGUAGUUACAACAUAUAAAAGUACUGUGAAUUCAGCUUGUGUUUGUAUUCCAUGCACGACCAAUGAAAUUCAUGAGAAUUAUGAGAAACUAUUCGGAAGUAAUGGCCAUAGAGCUUUAGAGAGGCCAAAAACCUAUGACAAGGCUGUAGCACAGAUAGGCAAACUUUUAACAAGUACACAGAUACCAAUUACGUCUUUGUUAGGUAAAAACGUCAUCGAAAUUGAUCAUGAAAUGUGUGUUAAAGAGAGGUCUCUUGACUUCAACUUUUCAGAAACUAUAAGAUCAAUAAAAGACAUGGUCAAGAGUCAAGAAAAAAACUUGAUAAGUUAUGCAAGGAAACAAAUGGAAGAUACUGGUAAAAUUUAUCAUAUUAAGGAGAGUAGUUCAACCGAAUGCUGUAAAGGAGAAACUAUAGUGUGAAAUAUAAUAUACAAGUAUGUUUUAUACAUCUAGUUCUACAAUGUCUACAAAAAUCAGUCCCAUUGCUCGCAUGUUCUGCAAAUUAAUUGUACGUAAACCCUUAUGGUGCUCAUUAAAUGUUAAACGAAUUGUCAAUGGCAUGAUUUUUUUAUUAUCAAGUUUCUCUUUCUGUACAUAUUUGUGUUUUGGGCGGAAUGUCGCUAUGUAUAUGUAAUCCAAAUGCUGAUAAAAAUGCAUUUUUACCUUGCACGCGUGGGUUUCUAAAUUUGAAAACACCCGGCAGAUGAUUUGCGACAAACCAUACCUUUUCCCACAAAUAUGUCUCUUUAAACCUGCAACCUAUCAACCUUGCAAACUUUCGGUAAGAAUAUCUUCCUACGCAUAGAUUUAUUUCUUUUUUCAUUUGAAUUGCUGAAUUAAAGUCUUUAUGUAUAACCAUCAAGCAUAAAACUUAAUAUUUUGGAAACUUUCAAAACCUAGUGAUAAAUGAUGACUAAACAUAGCUUGUGCAAAAUGAUUUCGACUUUUAUGUUUUAAAUUCGGAAAGAACUUGAUCUAUUCUUUAUUCAAACACUAUUUUAUGAUUAACAAUCUUUUAUAAACAACGUUUUCCCUUCCAGAGUUCCAUUUGAAAACAAAUAAAACCUUUAACUUAUUUUUUUUAAAGUAAAUGUAGUUAUUUAUAUUCUGCUAAUGCAUCAUACCUGCAUAUACAUGUCAAUGUCCCUAGGCUAUAAACCUGUCAGUGGUUUUCAUCUUUUUUAUAUUUAAAUCUUUUAAGUUACUUUAGUAUUCAUUGAAUAUCUUUUUUUCAUUAUCUGCUACAAUAUCGGGGCCAUUGAAAUAUUGUGUUUUUUUUGUGUUGACAUCUACAUAUUGACCUCCGGAAUCGUUUUAUUUUGUAUCUCUUUAUUGCUCUCUCGUUGGUAUAUACACUGCAUCUUCAUUAAGUCAUUUAUGCAGUCUCAUUAUUAUGCAUUUCCAUUUAAAUGGUUUCAUGUUUACAUAAUACAUACUUUUCUUACAAUGAAUAUUUUGUACAUUUUUACACUUGUUACCUAAGGCUUUUUACAGAUUUUAUAAUAAUGUUAUGUAAUCUUAUUAUUAAACAUUUUGGCUUAUAUUUAAAUAUGGAAUAUAAACUUUUCAUAUGAUCUUUUAAGCUGAUCAUGCCUUUUAAUACCUGACAAAUGUUGUCUCCAUAGAACUAGUGUAUAAUUAUGAAAAGACGAUUCUCAAUGAAAUAAUUCUUAUGAAUUUAAAGUAUGUAAGCAUAAAUUGUUUUCCCCUGUCUUAAGCAGAAAACAAUUCAAUAGCCUUUUUGUAUCUGUUAAUAUUUUAAAGUCGUCAGUAUUUAUAUGAUUUUUGCUUACUUACAAUAUAAGAAACUGAAAACCCCAUCUGAAAUUGAUUAAUAUAAUAGACCACUUUCGAGUUCAUCCGUCACCGACAAAAACUCGUCAAUUAUACACGCCUUUAUGACGUCAUUUACUAGAUAGAGGGGGUCGCCUGUAUCCCUGCACUAUUAACGUUCAUCAAGCGUUAGUGAUCGUCAUUGUGCAGGAUAAACUAUAAAUAAUUGUUGUUCUGUAGGUACUUGACAAUGACAAUUCCCUAAUGACAGCAGUACUGGUUGUCAAUUUUGAGAAUUUAAUUUGCCGAAUAAUUCGUACAAUAUAGAAUUAUAGUUUUCCAACCACUCGCUCAACAUUGGAACAGAAGUGACGACGCCCCUAAACGCACAAAUGACGUUCACUAAAACCAGAGUUUUUGACGGAAAUGCAUCGAACUCGAAAGUUAUCUAUUGAGUAUCGUUUACUUUGUAAUUAUGGCGAAGGCUGAUAACCUGAUUUAACAGAUGGAUGACAUCGUUGAUCAAUCCAGUUCUUUUCAGUCUUUGUUAAAUUGCUAAAAAAUAAAAAUUAUCAACACCGACUUUUUUUAGAGGGAAGAUAUGAUAAUCAUAAAAAAACAAAGGAUACGGGGUAUCCAUUCCUAAGCAUAUUUGGAUAUAUAAUGAAAGUAUGUAUUGUCUUCAGAUUUAGAAAACAAAUAUAGAAUUAUAUAUAUCGGAUAUUUAUUUGAUGGUUUAGUUAUAUUAAAAUUAAAAGCAAAACUUAAGCUCCUUAUUGAUGGUGAUUUAUAAUUAACCACGAAGUGAAUGAAUUAAAUUCAUUCAACACUUUUCUAUAAACAAAUUGAGGGCCGUAUAAAUGUUUGCUUAAAUGAAAUUGAAUAUUCUUCAAAUAAUAUGCAUGUAUACAUCAACUUAUAGUAAUUGAAGAAAUUAAAUGAUUUUAAGUAAAUAUUACUUUUCGUAGGAAGUUUCUUUGUGGAUUUUAACUUAUCAUAUCUUUAUCAUAAUUAUCUUAAGAUUGGAAACUGUUACGGUUUAUACAAAUUUAUUAAAAUGCAGUCUUUCAUUUCAUUAAUUUGAUUUCUAUGCAAAGCGAAGCAACAAACAUGCAUUUAUCACACACCGAACAUUUUAAAAUGUAGCUGCAUAACCAAACGCUUCGAGUAAAAAAUUUAUCAUUACAUUUAUAUGCAGCAUGUCAUUAAAAUAUUUUUAUUUCAUAUUCGUUCACGCAGGCAAACAACAGAAUAGCACGUUCAAAUGUUUCAUAUUUAUGUUAGCAACUAUCCACUCACUGAUGAAACAUCACAGUCUAUGUUUUUAUUUUUUUAAACUAUAAAAAAAAAAAAUAGCGUACGGAUGAAUGCUAAAUAGACCCAUAAGGGAAAGCUCUACAACAAAUUUUACUCUGAUAUGAAUAUGAGUUAAAUGUACAGAAGCUUAUGAGUUAAAUGUGCAGACGGUUGAUGUUUUAUACUUGUACAUUAAUUACUGUUAUUGUAAACAAAACAACAUUUUACAGUAUGGAUUGUACAUACUGUUAUAUUGAUUAUACUUAUCAACAGAUGUUGAUAAAAUAUUUGAAAUAGUUUAACGUCUUGCUUGUUGUUUUCCAGUAUUUUUAUUUAGAAUAAAUUUGAUGCUGAAUAGAUCCAGGAGCAUUAUUUUUAUAUUGAUGUUUAUUAUUUUGUUUUUAUUGCUUUCAGGGUGCUUUUACUUUAUAGAAUAUAUUUAUGUGCUUAUUUACAUAAUAGGAUCAUUUAAUCUAAUCGCACAAAACUGUGUUCAUUUUGUUCACUUAUAUCAUUAAGUUUAUUCAAGCGUUUUACGCAGGACCUUUUUUUCCUGUGAUUUACACGAAUGGAGUCUGAAUUUAUAGUUCAAUGCAUGUAUGUCCUAUAGAAUAACAUUAAUUUAUAUUUUUCAGAAGCUUUACAUAAUUCUUUGUUAAGGAUCUUGGGUUUAAUUUAAGUUUUCAUUUGUUAAUCUGAGAACGAUGGUGUUUGGGCACGAAAAUACUGAAUUGGUAACCUUCCCGCUAGAAACGAAGUAGAAUUAUAUAAUAUGUUUGUAACUUUAUCUACAUUUGAUAACGUGGUCUGAAGUGAUGCAGUGUUCGCAGUGUUAUUUGAUUAAAUUACAAAUUGCUAUGCAGUUCUAAGAUCUUUUUUUUACUCCACGUUAACAAUCUCAACAGUCCAGAGUUUCUUUAGUUGUUGCCUUAUUGUACAUAUUAGUUAUAGUUCCCUGUAAGGAACUUGCUGCUUAUGUUCAUAUUUUUGGUCUAUUGUUAUUCAUAACCUUAAUUAUUCAGAUUGAGGUUUCAUGAAUAAGAAACAAACUGAUCUAAGAUAUCAGGCUUAUAAAUUUUUAAUCCAGAUGCACGUUUUAUUUUUAUUAUUUAUUUUUGUAUUUCAAUUGCUGUCUCAACGACUUAUAUCUCCAUUUGUUCAUGUAUAUUUUUUCCUGUUUUGAAGCCUUUGUACAUUUGCUCUUACUGGUGACUGUUUUCCCUGUGCAAUCCACACAAUGAGUUUGAACAAUAUCAAAGCUCUUUUGUAUGAUAAAUGUCUUCAUUUUAUGGCAAUGUUAUGAUAUUUUUAAUUAUCUUCGCAUUUUAUGGUCACUGUCUCGAGUCGAAAGAGAUCUCCUUAGAUUUUUAUGAAUAAAAUGUUCAAUCAAAGUGUACAUGUAAUCAAUUAUAUGUGGCGAGUAAUAUAAAUCGUGUGGGACAAAGUGCAAAAUAAUUAUUUGAAGUCAGGCCAAAAGGUCUGACCUUAAGACACAGGUGGUCGUCUAUUGUAAUAUAUAUCGAUUUAUUCAUGGACAUCGAAAAUGCUUUUAUUGUUGUAUACAUUAGAUGUCCGAUAAAUGUAUGGAUAUGAUUAACCUUGGACAAACCUUUAAAGCUAGAAAUGUACUAAUGUAAUAAACAUAACCAAUACAAAAAAUAUGACAAUGAAAAUAAAUUUUGUCAGGCGAAUGAAUGCAGAGGGGGGAAUUAUCAAUAUGAAAGUUAAGCUUAUGCAUAUAAUUGUCGAAUAUUCGAUCAAUAUAAUGCUUUCUGUGACUUUUUGUAGAUUUAUUUAGAGCCCCUUUUGUAAGUCAAAAAUAACAUUGUAAUGACUAUGAUUUUUUCACUAAAAUUGCAUUUUAUAUUUGUAAAUUGUUUGAUCAGAUUUAGUAUCUUUGCUGUUUUUCAAUAAGACUUUUGAAAGUUUGUUACAUUUGAAAGCUUUAUGUUCUGGUUUGACGCGUACCAAAAAUUGAGAAACCAGGAAAAUUCUGAUUAAAAGCUGAUAAUGUUUACUCAAAUAAACUUUAUUAUGCAUAGUUGUGAACGAUGUAUAUAUGUAUUUUUAAAUUGAUGUUUUAGAACAUUUGGGG